GUUACAUCUUUUCAAGGAGUGGCUGGUCGCAGCCUCUGCACAUCCGCCCCUCAUGAACACCCAGAACACGGAAGAUUAGUUUAUAAAGGAAAUUUGGCAAAGGCAGUGUUAGGUGUGAGGUUUUUCUCUUACUCCACCAGCAUAUUCAACCUGUUCAUGAUGCCCUACAUCAUGCUCAAAACUGGUGUUGGAUUUGAAAGCCUGUUGAUACAAGCUGCCUUUUAUGGGUUGAUCGGUUUUUUUACAUUUGUAACACCGGUUACUUUGCAUGUCCUUACAAAAGGCUAUGUGAUUCGACUCUAUUAUAAAGAUGAAAUGGACACGUAUACAGCCAUUACAUACAAUGCGAUCUUGGCAGAAAAAGCAACUGUUUUCCAUCAGAAAGAUGUAAAGAUUCCAGACAUCACCAAGAUGUUCACAACAUUUUAUGCUAAAACGAAGUCAAUGCUUGUUAAUCCGACGCUUUUCCCGAACCCUCAGGAUUUUAACCAUCUCAUGGGCUAUGACAAAUCCUUUUAUUUUAACUUAGAGGAGGAGAAGGAAGCUGGUGAAAGGAAAUAAUUUGAAGAUAAUGAAUGUCACUGUCAUUGUUUGUGUUGCAGUGCUAUAUAUGUGAAAGAAUGUAAAGUUCUAUU